CCUUCCAGCUCCAGUAAACCUGAGCCCAGGUUCCCACAGCUCAGUACAGCCAUGAGUGCGGAGGUGAAGGUGACAGGGCAGAACCAGGAGCAAUUUCUGCUCCUGGCCAAGUCGGCCAAGGGGGCAGCGCUGGCCACACUCAUCCACCAGGUGAUGGAGGCCCCUGGUGUCAACGUGUUUGGGGAACUGCUGGAUAUGCCCAAUGUUAGAGAGCUGUCUGAAAGUGACUUUGCUUCCACAUUCCGGCUGCUCACAGUGUUUGCUUAUGGAACAUAUGCCGACUACUUAGCUGAAGCCAGGAAUCUUCCUCCACUCACUGAAGCUCAGAAGAAUAAACUUCGACACCUCUCAGUUGUCACCCUGGCUGCUAAAGUCAAGUGCAUCCCAUAUGCAGUGUUGCUAGAAGCCCUUGCUCUGCAUAAUGUGCGGCAGCUAGAAGACCUGGUGAUUGAGGCUGUAUGUGCUGAUGUGCUUUGCGGCUCACUGGAACAACGCAAUCAGCGUCUAGAGGUUGACUACAGCAUUGGACGGGACAUCCAGCGCCAAGACCUUAGUGCCAUUGCCCGAACCCUGCAGGAGUGGUGUGUAGGCUGUGAGGUUGUGCUGUCAGGUAUCAAGGAGCAAGUGACAUCCAACCAGCACAAGGAGCAGCAGCUGGGCCUAAAGCAGCAGAUUGAAAGUGAGGUUGCCAACCUUAAAAAAACCACUAAAGUUACAACAGCAGCAGCUGCUGCAGCCACAUCUCAGGACCCCAAGCAACACCUGACUGAACUGAGGGACCCAGCUCCAGGCAUCAACCAGUGCCAGCCCAGCAAGAAGGCCUCAAAAGGGAAGGGGCUCUGAGGGAGUGCCAAGAUUUGGUCCAAGUCGAACUGAAGGGAUUCAUUAUUUCUUUCCUGGGGAUAUGGGGCCCCAGCUGCCUGUCUACCUGCCCCUUAGGAAUCCUCAGAGAGCCUUCCUGUGCCCCUGGCCAGCU